AUAAUUAAGAUAUCGAGCUCGAGCUCAAGGGCGUCGAAGGAAACUUGCCUUGUUAGCACUGAUGGGUCGUAAAUUUUGGAUAGCUGCAGUUCUGGUUCCUCUUUUUCUUUACUUUAUUUUGAAAUACCAAGAUGCUGAUUUUAUAUUGAUGAUGUACGAGAAGAUCGGCCAAGAUCCUGCAACUGCAUUGCGAGGAAAAGUUGUGUGGAUCACUGGUGCUUCCAGCGGGAUUGGAGAAUACUUUGCAUAUGAACUGGCUAAAUACGGCUGUAAACUAGUGCUGUCUGCACGGAGGAAGGCAGAGUUAGAGAGAGUCAAGAAAAACUGUGCAGCAAUUGCAGCUGGUGUUGAUGCUUCAUUUAACAAAGAUCAAGAUAUUCUUGUACUUCCAUUGGAUUUGAUGAAAUAUGACUCACAUGGCAACCUGACUCAAGAUGUCCUUAAGCAUUUUGGAAAGAUUGAUAUUUUGGUGAACAAUGGAGCUCGUGGCCAGAGAUCUUGGAUGAGAAGCACUCCUUUAGAGGUGGACAGAGCUAUAUUUGAUUUAAAUGUGAUUGGCACCAUCUCUAUGACCAAAGCAGUUCUUCCACACAUGAUUGAACGCAAAGAAGGACAAAUUGUGGUGGUUAGCAGUCUCGCCGGAAAGACAGCAUUACCCCACUCAGCUACUUAUUGUUCCACCAAAUAUGCACUGCAAGGAUAUUUUGAUGGAGUACGGUUUGAGCUGGCUCGACAUAACAUCCACGUGCAGACGAUUCUUCCAGGGCCGGUAAAGUCACAAAUCAGUGAGAAAGCUUUCACUGGGGAUAUCAAAGUCGAGUUCGGAGACUCACCAGAGUAUGUCAAGAUAAAGUUUCCACUAAUGCCGACUGAACGCUGUGCAAAACUUAUGGUGGUCGGAAUGGUAAACAAAUUGGAUGAAAUAUGGAUCUCAGAGAACCCAAUGCUGUUAGGGACUUACAUAAAAGAGUAUUUUCCAAUUCUCUAUAAAUGGAUCUCAAAUGCUUUAAUGGAUAAAGUAAUUACUUCUCUGGAGUUAAAGACAUCACCAUAA